AUGUUGCUAGCAUCCUUAUUAAAUGAUGCCUUUAUGGGAAAGGGAUUUCAGAAAAUAAAUGAAAUGGUACAAGAGAGAAAAAUGUAUCCUCCUCAGAAGAUUAAUAAGCAGCUGUUAAACCAACUGGACAAACUUCUUAAAAAGGAAUUAGACAAAAAUGAGUUCUCAAAUGUUUCUCUGCUGCUGAAAUGUAUUCGGCUGUACUGUAAAAAUGACCCUCAAGAAGGUGUAAAUCUGUUUCUUCAGCAAGGAUUGAUACCAAAGAUGGUCACUUGGUUUGAAAGGACAAGAGAGUUCCUAAGCUUGAUAGAACCAAAAGAGAGUGAGUUCUUGGUAAAUCUUGUUGAAGACUUCUUUCACACAGCUCUGGUUAUUAGCAAAAGCAACUCUGAAGGAAGAAAACAGUUGCUAGAUUCAUUCUUACCAUAUUUGGGACAUCUAGCUACUGAACGUAAUGUGAACUUGGCCCUUCGGCAGGAGGCUAUAAGGACCUUAAACGUUCUAUUAGAUAAUGUUCCACAAGAGGAGAAAAAGAAGUUCCCUGUGUCUGAAGAAAUGUGCUUGCUUUUGAAAGAAUUUGCAAAAAUAAUUCUGGAUGUUGGUGACUAUGACAUCCAGGCUUCUCUUUUGGAGGCCAUCUUCAGGGUGAUGUUGACUAAGCGGAGAGAUGACCUCGUUGUCAAUUGGUUCGAAGACCAACACAUUGCAAAGGCUUUUAAAGAAAUAAGAUGCAAAGACUUUGAGACGGACAGCCGGAAAUUUCUUAAUGAACUGAAUGAAAGACUUGGGGAUAAAAGGAGGUAA